AGGGACCCGGAUGAGGCCGGCUGCCAUCUUUCCUCUGUCCCCUCAGCGCUGCCGGUGGGGCGGAACUCUCUUCAUCGAUCAGUUGGUUUCUAGGAACCGCCGACAGACCUGGCUCUCCACCGUGGCUGCUCGUUACACAUCUGACUCCCAGCUUUGCCAGCUUGACACCGAAUCUCCUCAUCUUUCUACACCAUGGGAGAACGAGAGGACCUGGUUUAUCAGGCCAAACUCGCCGAGCAGGCGGAGAGAUAUGACGAGAUGGUGGAGUCUAUGAAGAAGGUGGCAGGAAUGGACGUGGAGCUCACAGUGGAGGAGAGGAACCUGCUGUCGGUGGCCUACAAGAACGUGAUCGGGGCUCGCAGAGCGUCCUGGAGGAUAAUCAGCAGCAUCGAGCAGAGGGAAGAGAACAAGGGUGGAGAGGAGAAGCUGAAGAUGAUCCGGGAAUACAGGCAAACGGUGGAGAAGGAGCUGAAGUCCAUCUGUGGGGACAUCCUGGACGCGCUGGACAGACAUCUGCUGCCCUCUGCAGCCAUGGGAGAGUCCAAGGUCUUCUACAACAAGAUGAAGGGCGACUACCACCGGUACCUGGCAGAGUUCGCCACCGGCAACAACAGAAAGGAGGCGGCGGAGAACAGCCUGGUGGCCUACAAAACGGCCACGGACCUGGCCAUGCUGGAGCUGCCGCCCACGCACCCCAUCCGCCUCGGCCUCGCCCUCAACUUCUCCGUCUUUUACUACGAGAUCCUCAACUCGCCCGACCGCGCCUGCAGGUUGGCGAAGGCUGCGUUCGAUGACGCCAUCGCAGAGCUGGACACGCUGAGUGAAGAAAGCUACAAGGACUCCACGCUUAUCAUGCAGUUGUUACGCGACAACCUGACAUUAUGGACUUCAGAUAUGCAGGGAGAGGCAGGUGAAGAACAGAACAAAGAGACGCUGCAGGACGUGGAGGACGAGGCCCAGUGAGACUCUGCCACCGACCGCCAACAACUCGAUGCCCCGCCCCUUCACACUCCUCCUCCCCCCCUCUGGAGCUCGCUGACCCUGCAGGGCCGUGGAGCUAGCGAGUUGAUUUUUCUCUUAUUUUUGUAUUAGCCCUCGCACAGUUUUCAAAAAAACCACUUAAUUGCGACAGGAAGUGAAGGUUGGAGAGAAAGAGAUCAAAGGGUCCCUGUUUGCUGUUUUUGUCCCGGUACAAGCAGUUCUGAAAAAAAAAAAAAAAAUCUUUGUUUCAUUGUUGUAUUUUUGUUUUUUCCUCCACAUUUUUAUCAGUUGCUGGAUGUAUUGAGAUUUUUUUUGGUAAUGUAAUUACAGAAAUUAACUUUUAUUACUAAUAAUGUUGAAGAGUAGUCAUGGGAGCCGUUUUAUCCGUUUUUAGCGACGCGUC